CGUUUGAACGGAGUGCGGACCGUGCAGACUUCGCUGAGACGCAAUAUCGUGUUACGAGCGACGAGUCAAAAAUAUCAUCGUAUCUUCCGAGAUAUUGGCACAGGAGAACGAAGUAAAUUGCAUCGAAGUUUCUGGAGGCGACGGAAAGAGGAUUUAAGUGGAGGUACGGAAAUCAAAACGAGUUAGAAAAAGCAAUACAAGGCAAACGUCAAGAUGCCGGCUGUGGGAAUAGAUUUGGGAACGACGUAUUCUUGCGUUGGAGUUUGGCAGCAAGGUAAGGUGGAAAUAAUUGCUAACGAUCAAGGGAAUAGAACCACCCCGAGUUAUGUGGCAUUUACCGACACCGAACGCCUCAUCGGAGAUGCUGCGAAAAACCAAGUUGCUAUGAACCCUGCAAAUACUGUCUUCGAUGCUAAACGUUUGAUCGGAAGACGUUACGAUGACCAAAAGAUUCAAGACGAUAUAAAGCACUGGCCUUUUAAGGUAGUGAACGAUGGAGGGAAACCAAAGAUAGAGGUAGAGUUCCGAGGUGAAAUCAAGAAAUUCAAUCCCGAGGAGAUCAGUUCCAUGGUUCUGUCAAAGAUGAGAGAGAUCGCUGAAGCCUACCUGGGGAAGAAAGUCACCGAAGCUGUGAUUACAGUUCCGGCUUACUUUAAUGAUUCCCAGCGACAAGCUACUAAGGAUGCUGGUACUAUUGCUGGUCUUAACGUCCUUAGGAUUAUUAACGAGCCAACCGCUGCUGCUCUUGCCUAUGGACUUGAUAAAAAUUUGAAAGGAGAAAGAAACGUCUUGAUUUUUGAUUUGGGUGGAGGCACUUUUGAUGUUUCUAUUCUAUCGAUAGACGAAGGUUCACUUUUUGAAGUGAAAUCUACUGCUGGAGAUACUCAUUUGGGUGGAGAGGACUUUGACAACCGAUUGGUAGAGCAUUUUUCAAGAGAAUUUGAAAGGAAAUACAAGAAGAACUUGAGAACCAAUCCACGAGCGAUUCGCAGAUUAAGAACUAGCGCUGAACGUGCAAAACGCACGUUGUCUUCCAGUACUGAGGCAUCAUUGGAGAUCGACGCUUUGUACGAGGGUAUCGAUUUUUAUACUAAAAUCUCCAGAGCCAGAUUUGAGGAGUUAUGUGCCGAUCUUUUCCGCUCUACUCUUGAACCAGUUGAGAAGGCAUUAACCGAUGCCAAGUUGGAUAAAAAAUCCAUUCAUGAUAUCGUACUGGUUGGAGGUUCCACUCGAAUUCCCAAAAUCCAGUCUCUCUUGCAAAAUUUCUUCUGUGGAAAGCAACUGAAUCUUUCGAUUAAUCCUGACGAGGCUGUUGCUUAUGGCGCCGCCGUCCAAGCUGCUAUCCUUACCGGGGAAGGAAGCACGAGCGCUGCAUUGCAGGAUGUUCUUUUGGUGGAUGUCACUCCACUUUCUUUGGGCAUUGAAACUGCUGGUGGGGUUAUGACCAACAUCAUUGAACGCAAUGCUCGCAUUCCUUGUAAGCAGACUCAAACGUUUACAACAUUUGCUGACAAUCAGCCUGCUGUUACAAUUCAAGUAUUCGAGGGCGAACGAGCAAUGACCAAAGACAACAACUUGCUGGGAACAUUUGAGUUAACUGGAAUUGCUCCAGCACCAAGAGGUGUUCCAAAGAUUGAAGUCACAUUUGAUUUGGAUGCCAAUGGAAUUCUGCAUGUCACAGCCAAGGAUACUGCAAGUGGGCGUAGUAGCGAUGUAAGAAUCACUAACAAUAAAGGAAGAUUGUCUCGUGCUGAAAUCGAUAGAAUGCUUGAAGAAGCAGAGCGCUAUCGUGAACAAGAUCAGGCACAACGUGAAAAAGUAGCUGCUCGCAAUCAACUAGAAUCUUACGUAUUCUCAUUGAAACAGUCAGCUCAAGAUUCUGGAUCCAAAUUGUCACAGCAAGAUAAAGACACCGUUACCAAUUUAUGCGAGGAAACUGUACACUGGUUAGAUGCAAAUCUACUGGCCGAGAAAGAUGAAUAUCAGCACAAGUUGGAAACUCUGCAAAAACAAUGUUCUCCGAUUAUGACAAAAAUUCACCAAGGUGGAAAAAGUUCUGGAGGACCAACACAAGGAGGAAAUAGUUCCGGGCCUACUAUCGAAGAAGUUGACUAAACCCAUACUGCAUUUACAGUUGUCUCUAUUUGUGAAGCUUUCAAGCCAAUUAUAAAUGGCAUUUUUUUUAUCUAUGUUAUAAAUAGCUCGGAAAAAAAGAGACGAAUAAGACUGCAAAGAAAAGAAAAAUAAGUAUUAAGAAACUGGACAGAAAUUAAAGGUGUUCUGUUCCAAUUUUUUAAAUAAAAAUUCCAUGUACAUCUAUUCUUGUUCUGGUCAUAUUCGACUCUUUUUAUUACGAGAUAUAUUAAGUUCCUUUCCAAGGAUAUAAAAGCUGCUCAUUUUUAUAAUUAUAUAUUUGAAAUUAUUACACAUGUAUUUUACAAAGUCAUUCAUCUUUUUAUAUGUUUUAAAAUAAAGAUUCAAGUGUAAUUUCA